AUGCGCACAUUAUCAUCCAAAUGGAAUACCUUCUCGCCAGAUUAUUGUCCCCAUUCACCCAGAGCUGGCCAUCAUCAUGAAACAUCAGCACUUUUAUUGGAAAAAGAAUAUGCAUUUGAGAUGGCAUGUUCAAAUAUUCGAUAUGGUGAAGGAGUCACAUGUGAAGUAGGCAAAGAUUUCAAAAAUUUGCAUUCUAAGAACAUCUGUGUGAUGACAGAUAAACGUUUAAUAGAUACCCUGGGUGUUCACAUGGCACUUCAAUCCCUGGAAGAUGAGAAACUGAACUAUAAAAUGUUUACUGACAUCAAAGUGGAACCCUCUGAUGAAAGCUUCAAAAAAGCGAUUGAUUUUGCCAAAGAAGGAAACUUUGAUGCUUUUCUUGCCAUUGGUGGUGGCUCAGCGAUGGACACUUGUAAAGCUGCUAAUUUAUAUUCUUCAAAUCCAUCUGCUGAUUUCUUGGACUACGUUAAUGCUCCAAUUGGAAAAGGUCUGCCAAUCAUGCAUACAGUGAAGCCACUUAUUGCAAUUCCUACAACAGCAGGAACAGGAAGUGAAACAACUGGGACAGCUAUUUUUGGAUUUGACAAACUCCAAGCUAAAACUGGCAUUUCAAAUCGUUCUCUCCGCCCUCUUCUUGGCCUGAUUGAUCCUCUGAAUAUGAAGACUUUACCAGAACGGGUUGCUGCAUGGAGUGGCCUUGAUGUCUUAUGCCAUGCUCUUGAGUCCUAUACGGCUCUUCCAUACAACGAGAGAACCCCAAGGCCUGCCAGUCCAGAGCUGAGACCAGCAUAUCAAGGUUCUAACCCAAUUAGUGACAUUUGGACAGAAGCCUGUUUGAAAAUAUGCAACAACUAUUUGGUCAGGGCUGUCUUUAAUGCUGAAGACAUGGAAGCCAGAUCUUCCAUGUUGUUGGCCAGCAGCUAUGCAGGAAUUGGUUUUGGAAAUUCUGGAGUGCACUUAUGCCACGGCAUGUCAUAUCCAAUUGCAGGAUUAGUGAAGGAUUAUCAAGCAGAAGAUUAUCCCACAGAUAAUCCUAUAAUUCCUCAUGGUCUCUCUGUUUCCAUCACUGCUCCUGCCGUCUUCAAAUUCACUGCCUCAGCAUGUCCUGAACGGCAUUUAAAAUCAGCAGCUUUGCUAGGUGUUGAUAUACUUGGAAAACAAAAAGCAGAUGCUGGUCUCAUCCUGUCCGACAGGCUCUGCACUAUCCUCCAUGACUUGAAUGUACCCAAUGGUCUGAAAGCCUUGGGUUACACAGAGGAUGACAUACCCAGUCUUGUGAAAGGAACACUUCCACAGCAUCGAGUUACAAAACUAUCACCAGUCAUGCAAUCAAAUGAAGAACUUGCAGAAAGCCUCACUGAAAUAUUCCGUGCUUCCAUGACCAUUUACUGA